AUACCGGAGUCUGCAUGUUUAUAUAUAAAGUUUAUUUUUUCAUAGUUGUGAUUGCUAAGUUCGUGUUGUAUAAUAUACUAGUCAUUUUGAAAUAAUUUGACCGGCGAAAGUGUGGUUAUGGACAGUUUUAAUUAUAAUAAUAGAAAGCCCCGUCGGACUCUUGGCACACCAGCGUAUCACUUCCGAAAUAAAUUUGCAUUUGGUUGGAUUACUUUGGGAGCAGUUUUUUUCGCGGCUUGGUCGUACACUCCAAUAUUUCAAAAGAUUAAUAAAGGCUUCUGCGAUUCAUUAUUUUUCCCAACAGAAGAGGAAAUAGAUAGGCGUUAUUUAUUCAGUUUUCCUAAGCCUCUACCUAGCAGAGAAAUUCAAAAACGUAUUACCGAAGAAAAAGAGUUUAUGUCUCAACGUUAAAAUCUGGUGAUGGAUCGAGAGACGCGGAAAGCUAAUCUAAAUAAACUACGGUUGUCCGGAAUUAAACACAUUGGAACAAAUAGUAUAGGAGGAAGUUUACGGAAAACGAGUUCGGCCAAUGGAUUGUUAUCAAAGUAUUUUAAGACGGCAGUUACAAAUGAAUUAAAUCCGGGAAAUGUUCCAAAAAUCGAAGUUGAUGUAAAAAUAAACAGUCCAUGUUCGUCAUGUUCAAUAUCGUCGAACUUAGUUAAUACUGACGAUUAUAAUUUGCAAACAAUAAGUCAACAAAAUGAAACACAGAUAAAAGCGAAUGUUGGUACAAGAGGAAGAAAGCGCACCAGUCUGCAAAAGUUUAUCUUUCCCAAAGAUAAUAGUGAAGACAAUGUUGAAGUUCCUAUUAAGAAAAUUAAGACAAAAACUAAUUUGAAACGUAAAAAUAAUGUAUCCCGCUGCAAAAGCUCUCUUAAUAGACGCCAGCCGAAUAUUAAAUCUUUACUCAUGCGAAAUGAAGUUAUGUUUUCGGAGAUUACCUCUGUACAAUGUAGAAUUGAUAACUUCAGUGCUGAUGACAUACAUCUCGCGAUGGCAUUGUCUAAAUCACAAAUAGAAAUCGGUAGUUCUCCAAACCGUUACGGUGCAGCUCAGCGAAUAGAAAAUUCAGAAGUAAACAUGGAAAACGUUCAAAAUAUAUUACGCAAAUAUGGUUUUCGCACAGCUGGUAUAGAAGAUUACAAUAGUUUAAAGACCACAACUCGGCGAGGUAGAAAUAAAUGGGCCAACAAAUUUACUGCAUUAACAUUACGAGAUUCUAAACUUCAAGCGAAGAAAGUACAAUAUAAAAUAAACUGUUUAAUGAGCCAAGAAUUGAAUGAAAACCAAGUACCUUUAUCUAAAACUCAUUCAGAAUCAUACUCGAUAUUUAGUUAUAAUCUGAACAAACUUAAACCAUCCAAAGCCAUUAUAAAAAUACUUGAGAGUGAAAAUAGCAUAAAUCUGGAAGAGUUUUAUGUAAAAGAACUCUUCGACGUCAGCCACGUACAAGCAGGUUAUUUGUUAAAAAAUUGGCAUGCUAUAGACGGCCGUGAAUUGUCACCUCAAGGAACUAACAAGAGUCAAAAUCCAAAGUCUAAUGAAAUUCAAAAACUCAUGAAUCAAUCGCUUAUUAAUUUGGAGCAACACUUCAGCAUAAAACAAAAUUUGAAUUCCAGAUUUCAACCUGAAAAAGAAACUUUGUCUUUUUAUGCUACCGUUAGUGAUCAUUUGGGAUCGGAAAAAAUAAAAAUAUAUAAUGCAGAACAGAGUUACCAUAUUAAGGAUGACCCCAAAUAUUACAAUAAUAAAGUAAAUGUUGUUAAAAACGACAUAGAAUGUAUCGAAAAUAAUGAAGUUUUGUCAGGACACGACACACUUGUAUCUAUAAAUAAAAUCAGCAUAGAACAAGAUGGUCAAACUUAUAAUUCAGCGGACACUGAUAUUAAGCACAAUGUGUAUAGCUCCUCGCCAAGUUUAUCAGAAUAUUGUUCAACAACACCUAAGGGAGGUCGUAUCCAAUCGCCGAAUAUAUUCGCGAGUUCGGAAGACGAACUAGAUGGAGUUGAUAUUCCAAAAGUAGCAUCUAAUAAUGAAUAUGAACAAUUAAAUUCAUUCAAAGAGGUCAUAUCAACUUCGAAUAAUAUAAACAAUACAGAAAAUUUUAUUGCACAAAGAUGUUUUUCGAAUAUUAUAGACUUGACAAAAGAAUUACAAAUGCAUGACUUAUCCAUGGUGGAGCAUGUAUCUAGCGGAGGGGAAUGUUUUCGUCUUAAUAAUGUUGAAAAACAUAAUAAACUAUGUGAGGAUUUUUUAAUAGAUGAAGAAUCUGAUUUCGACAAGUCUAUAACUAAAAGUGAAUAUUGCGGUUGCAAAUCGCUACCGAUAUUAACGGAUAUUAAUUUCUUAAGUAAUUCAUCUACCAAUUCAGAAAAUAUAGAAGGAGUGGCUGAAGAGAACUUAAUUGGCAACAUGAAACCAAACGAUUUUUCAGAAAAUUCAACUUGUAGAACGAUGAAAGAAAACUCAUUUAAUCGCAAUAGAGACACUAACACAUCCGUUGAAAGUUUAGAAUUCGUAUUAAGUAAUGAAAACCCUAAUACGAUUAAAGAGGAUAGUGGUGAAGAUUGCAUUUUCUUGUCAGAUGACGAAAUCAAUUACUCGAUUUGGAAAUCAGAUUUGAAUAGUUUUAGUCCAGAGUUUCCAAGUAAUUUGCAGGACGAUACAUUUGGUCAUAAACAAUUUGAUAAUAAUAUACUUGAGUGUUCAAUAUUAAAUGUAGUGACAAGUGGAAAUUUCAGGAGAACUAACUCCGAUUUAACAACUGCCACCAUAUCGCCUUCUACCAUUAGAAAAGAUCUGGAAAUAGAGCCUUGUGAAAUACUUAGUACAUCCAGACUAACGGAUCGUUCUGCCGAACUUCUUGAGUAUGGAAUUAUAGACAAUAUAUCAGAACCAUUUACACAACCAUCUGACAUUAUUUAUAGUCCUACCCAUUACUCGCAAUUAAAUGUGUCUUUUUCACCAAUGCAGCUUGCACCAGUCGGAUUAGAUGGUUUGCUAAAUGGCGAAAUAAAUUUGAACAGAACGAAACAGAAUGAAAAUGACAUAGAUAUUCAAUCUUACACCAGAUCUAUAAAACCAUCUGAAUAUCCUCCUGAUGAAUAUGAAAUAUCUGGUAGAUUAUACUCCACCCGCAUCAUCACUGAUCCAAAGCCGGAGUUUACGCUCCAAUCUGAAUCGGAAAUAUUGAAACAACUCUAUGAAUAUGGUAUUAAACCUUUAAAACGGAAACAGGCUGUCAAGUUGUUGGAGUAUAUAUACAAUUCAACAAAUCCAUUGAUACUUAAAGAUAUUCCUAAUUGUAGUAAGCAACCAAAAGAAAAACAUCUCCUUCUUGAGCACUCCGAUAAAAAUCCACCGAGACCUUCGAAUCAUAUUAUCUUACAUUCGGAUAAAUUAUCUCUAAAGGAUUGUUUUGACACUAAAAUACACCUAUUUAAACAUGAAUUGCAGCUGGAUUUAGAAUGUGAGGAUUAUGUGUUUCAGACGAAUAUUACUAAGAAGGAUCUAUGCAUAUCAAAGAAGCCAAUACAUUUCGAAAAGUGAUUUCAAGAUUUACACAUAACUGCACUUUCAAAAGUUUAUUUUUUUUUUUGAAAAGUUCCUUUCACCAUUUUGUGACGUCAUAUAAGUUUGACUGCUUUAACAAAAAGCUUGUAGCUUAGAAAUUUUAAAGCUAAAAUUCAUACUCUAUGGAUUUUCAAAUGGUGCACUUUAUAUUGCGUUUUAUUUAGUUUUAAUUUUAACUUAGCCAAGCUGAGUGGCAAUUAAUGAGCCGUCCAGAUCAAAAAAUUGGCGAACUAAUGUUUAGUUGGAUUAUGUAAAUAAAUUUAUUUAAAUAGCUUUUGUUAGUGUAAUGAAUUUCAGUUAUUCAUAUUUUUUAAUAUUGCCAUUGCUCAAUUGCUCAUUGCCAAAUAUCGGUAUUGGCAACCCUGCGUUGUGAGAGACUUGAGAGUGAGUAACGGCGGGCUCGUCUCUACGCGAAAAAUUCGAAUGGGACUGAUAGCGGACGGUAGAAGCGGUGAUGACUGUUCAUUUUUAUAGAAAUCUCAUAAGACAGGUCGUAUCGGCUCUACCCGUCUACGAGUUUACGUCGUUCAAUGUUUAAACUACAUAUUACUAUACACUCAU